CAGUGAAUUGCACUGUCAUAAACUGCCUACAUGCUCGAGGUCUUCGGCUGAGGUAUUGUCACUCGCUUGCUUGUCAUCUGUUAUUGCGACAUGGACCGUUGAAAAGAACCACCGACACCGUAUCUCUCAUAUUCCCCUUCCGACCAGCGCCUCUUGCUAAGUCUGAAAAUGAGCCUCUUUGGUUCUUCGACUGCGAAUCAGUCACAGCAGGCGAAACCUCCCCUGUUCAGCUUCAAUAACCCUUCCUCCGGUCAAUCGACUACGCAGUCUUCACUAUUUGGACAAUCGCAGACACAGACACAGCCGCAGCAAAGCAAUGCUCCAGGUUUCAGUUUUGGUACCUCCCAAUUGCAACCCACGCAGAGCGGCGGAUUGUUUGGGACCUCCACACAGGCGCAACAGACCGGAAGCCUUUUCGGGACGGCACAGCCUCAACAACAACAACAAGGAGGAGGUCUUUUCGGCGCAUCAAAGCCGCAGAUACAGAGCGGAGGCUUAUUUGGGACUUCGACCCAGCCACAACAGCAGACGGGAGGACUGUUUGGGACCUCGACGCAGGCGCAGCAACAGGCACAACAGCCUCCACAGCGUCCUCUUGAUCAGACCCUACGGUUUGGCUCGUCGCACCAAGGCCAACCCCCAUCACAAUCACUAUGGGAGGAAGGCCGGGGUCUGAACGUCUUCAGGUCGGUACCGGCACAGAUGAACAUUGUCAAAAACAAAUGGGACCCAACAAGUCUCUCGUCUCCUCUGCGGGCAUACCUGUACCAGCACGUCGAGAACGAAACGGAAGCUUUGAAAUACAGACCAGGGCCUGGAGAAGAUGAGGAUAAGUGGGAAGAAGCUGUUUCCAAACGUCCGGGGUCGGAUUGGGUGCCUCUUCUCAUACAAGGAUUCUUCCAGCUAGGUCGAAAGGCCCAAAUACAGAUGGAGGCUAUACAAAGAUGCAAUAUGAUGCUUCAGGAGAUCAACACCUCCCUCGAUGUGCAGCUUGACAAACACCGGCAAAACGUGGCCACGAGACUUGAAGAAAGCAAGAGGCGGCAGUUGGCGACGGCCCGAAGGACGCUAGCAUUGGCUGUGAAGGUACAAAUCUUGCGGAAUCGCGGCUAUGUCAUGGACAAUGCCGAGGAAGAACUGAAGGCCAAGCUUGAGAGCCUGCAGCGGGAAGUGUUCGACCCAAGCUUAAACGCCCGAGAGCAGGAGGUCUGGGCGCGAAUGUUGGGUAUCAGAGAACGAGCGAAGAGACUGAAGAUGGAGAUGGAGAAGCUCGCGCCGGCCGCCAAGGACGAAGAUGGGAUUCUCGAUGAGGAAACGGUCAGAGCUGCAAAGAGGAUGCUGGAAGCACACGACAUACAACUACGACACUUGCAAAAGGAAUUGGACCUUGUACAACAAGGCUUUGAAGAUUGGGAGAAGCUAUCCAAAGACCGGGAUAAUGAUGUCCCUCGGCGCAGAUAAGCUGGAGGGCCUGGUUGGAAGGGAAGCCGUCUUGCUGCGAGAAAGGGUUCCAAGUCUGUCACAUUAGGAGACAAACGAAAACAAUCUUGCAUAGCAGCAUUGCGAUUUGGAAUCGUCGACGAAUCGAGAAAUAUUUGAUGCUCUAUUGUGGCAAAGCAGUGUUCCGCUCGACAUGCUGCUAUUAUUGUACAAAAUCAUAGUGUACAAGAGAUGGGUGUUUCUUGUCUCGUCAACUCAGACUGCAGCAUCUUCUUUUCGGAGCAAGCGUAGUCGCUUCCAUGCCGGGCUUCGUGGAGAAGAGGUUGUUUCGGUGUGGACGUCUAGAAGAGCUUCCGAGCCCAUUCGACAACAUGAGGUGCUGCCACAAGUAUUAGCAAACUGUCCCAAUCGCUGGUUCUGGCUCCGAG